AUGCCUUCCUCCUUACCGUCGAGCUCCUUCGGCUGCCGCGUUUGGAGAUGCCCUCCUCCGGGGUGUCGGGUGGCUUUCGUUCAGACUCCUUCCCUAAUUUUCCCGGCGAGUUGUUUUCUUGGGAGGGUUGGAGUGGGGUUUCGUCUAUUGAGCAUUGAGACAGCCGAUUUUGGACUCGGCCACCGCAAUGGUUGUAGAGGGUCGAAUUCUGGCACCUCUUUCUCCCUUAGAUCUACUCGCCUCAUGAGUGGUAGAUCCGACGGCGAGGUGGUCGAUUGCUCGGUGAUGGGCUGCCUCUGUCCGGUUUGGUGUUGGGGGUUGCUUGGGGGUAGUGCUCCUGGGAGGGAUGCUCCGAGUGGUGGUUCGGUUGUUUGUCCGCCCGCCGUUCGAGGUUGA